AUGCCAUCGGUAGGAACAUUAGCUUUCGACGAAUUCGGUCGUCCAGUAAUUAUACUCAGGGGACAAGAUUCGAAAAAACGUCUAUUUGGUAUCGAAGCACACAAGUCACAUAUAUUGGCCGCUAAAGCAGUAGCUAAUACACUUAAAACAUCAUUAGGUCCACGAGGAAUGGAUAAAUGUAUGGUUUCACCUGAUGGUGAUAUAACAAUAACGAAUGAUGGCGCAACGAUACUUAGUAUGAUGCAUGUUGAAAAUGAAAUUGGCAAGUUACUUGUUCAAUUAUCAAAAUCACAAGAUGAUGAAAUAGGUGAUGGUACAACUGGCGUUGUCGUUUUGGCGGGUGCCUUACUAGAACAAGCUGAAGCCUUACUUGACAAAGGUAUUCAUCCAAUUCGUAUAGCAGAUGGAUAUGAAUUAGCAGCAAAAAUUGCACUCGAUCAUUUGGAUAAAAUCGCUGAAUCUUAUCCACUUGAUUUAAACAAAAUUGACCCGUUAAUUAAUACAGCAAUGACAACACUUGGAUCAAAAAUUAUCAAUCGCUGUCAAUAUCAAAUGGCUGAAAUAGCUGUUAGUGCUAUCAUGAAUGUUGCUGACAUGGAACGACGUGAUGUAAAUUUUGAACUUAUUAAAGUUCAAGGCAAAGUUGGCGGUCGUCUUGAAGAUACUAUUUUAGUUAAAGGAGUUGUUAUUGAUAAAACAUUUUCACAUCCACAAAUGCCCAAAGAAGUUCGUGAUGCUAAAAUAGCUAUUUUAACAUGUCCAUUUGAACCACCAAAACCAAAAACAAAACAUAAAUUAGAUAUAACUAAUGUUGAAGAUUAUAAAAAACUACGUGAAUAUGAAAAAGAAAAAUUCAGUGAAAUGAUUAAAUCAAUUAAAGAUUCUGGUGCCAAUUUAGUUAUUUGUCAAUGGGGUUUUGAUGAUGAAGCAAAUCAUUUACUUUUAUCUCAGGAUUUACCAGCUGUGCGUUGGGUUGGUGGGCCGGAAAUCGAGUUAAUUGCUAUUGCAACGGGUGGCCGUAUUGUGCCAAGAUUUCAAGAGCUUACAUCAGAAAAAUUAGGUUUUGCCGGACAUGUAUAUGAACUUGAUUUUGGUACAACUGGCGAUCAUAUGUUAUGUAUUGAAAAAUGUGCAAAAUCAAAUACAUGCACAAUUUUCGUUCGUGGAGGCAAUAAAAUGAUUGUUGAAGAAGCAAAACGUGCUUUACAUGAUGCAUUAUGUGUUGUCAGAAAUCUUGUACGUGACAAUCGAAUCGUUUACGGUGGUGGUGCUUGUGAAAUAUCAUGUGCCAUUGAAGUUGCCAAAGAAGCAAACAAGAUUCCAACGAUUGAACAGUAUGCUAUCCGAGCAUUUGCUGAUGCACUUGAAUCAGUUCCAUUGGCUUUGGCUGAAAAUAGUGGUUUUUCACCAAUAAAACUCGUGUCUGAUGUUAAAGCGCAACAAAUCGCUCAAAACAAUUCACGAUUAGGCAUUGAUUGUUUGAAUAAAGGAACAAAUGAUAUGAAAGCUCAAUCAGUUAUUGAAACACUUAUUGGUAAAAGACAACAGAUAAGUUUAGCAACUCAACUCGUCCGAAUGAUACUUAAAAUUGAUGAUAUUCGUUUACCAGGUGAAUCUGAAGAGUGA